CCCCGCCCCGCCCCGCACGUACGCGCUCCCGCGCAGCGUGCGUGGUGACGCAGCCGGUCCGCCGCGCGAGGAAGUGGCGCUGUUGUUUGAGCGACGGGACCGUCUCGCUCUGUCUCGUGGGCUCGUCUGAAGAGCUUUUACCGUGUUUCGGUGAGUUCCGCCGUUCGUGCUCCAGGACUGAGCGCGCUCCGCUGCUCUCUCGUGCCGCCCGCUCAACAUACUCGCGAGUAAUGGCUGCUGAGGUGAAUGGCAGCUCCGGUCUGCUCAAAGAAGAAGAGGAGCCCAUGGAUGUGACGGCCACACACUCGGAGAACUACCAGACGCUGCUGGACGCCGGUCUGCCGCAGAAGGUCGCCGAGAGCCUGGACAACAUCUUCCAGACAGGGCUGGUGGCGUACGUGGAUCUGGACGAGCGGGCACUGGAUGCGCUGCGGGAGUUUAAUGAGGAGGGAGCGAUGUCAGUGCUGCAGCAGUUCAAGGAGUCCGACCUCUCACAUGUGCAGAAUAAGAGUGCCUUCCUGUGCGGCGUGAUGAAGACGUACCGGCAGCGGGAAAAGCAGGGCAAUAAAGUGCAGGAGUCCACGAAAGGCCCCGAUGAGGCCAAGAUAAAGGAUCUGCUGGAGAGGACGGGAUACACUCUAGACGUCACGACAGGCCAGAGGAAGUACGGCGGCCCUCCUCCAGAGGAAGUGUUUUCCGGCCCACAGCCCGGCAUCGGCACUGAGGUGUUUGUGGGGAAGAUCCCGCGGGAUCUGUACGAGGACGAGCUGGUUCCUCUGUUUGAGAAGGCCGGCUCUAUCUGGGAUCUGAGGCUGAUGAUGGAUCCUCUCACCGGUCAGAACCGCGGCUACGCCUUCAUCACCUUCUGCAGCAAAGAAGCCGCGCAGGAGGCUGUCAAACUGUGUGAUAACUACGAGAUCCGGUCGGGCAAAUAUCUGGGCGUCUGCAUCUCUGUGGCCAACAACCGUCUGUUUGUCGGGUCCAUUCCAAAGAACAAGACCCGGGAGAGUAUCCUGGAGGACUUUGGCAAAGUCACAGAGGGUCUGCAGGAGGUCAUUCUGUACACACAGCCGGAUGAUAAGAGGAAGAACCGCGGCUUCUGUUUUCUGGAGUAUGAGGAUCAUAAGUCGGCGGCUCAGGCGCGGCGCAGGCUCAUGAGCGGGAAGGUGAAGGUGUGGGGGAACCCUGUGACCGUGGAGUGGGCCGACCCCGUCGCAGAGCCUGACCCCGAGGUCAUGGCCAAGGUGAAGGUGCUGUUUGUGCGUAAGCUGGCCACGCCGGUCACAGAGGAGCUGCUGGAGAACACCUUCUCUCAGUUCGGCAAACUGGAGCGCGUCAAGAAGCUGAAGGACUACGCCUUUGUUCACUUCGAGGAGCGAGACGCCGCAGUCAAGGCGAUGCAGGAGAUGAACGGUAAAGAGCUGGGCGGUGAGCAGAUCGAGAUCGUGCUGGCCAAACCUCCAGAUAAGAAGAGGAAAGAACGACAAGCUGCCCGACAGACCAGCAGAAGCUCAGGGUAUGAUGACUAUUAUUACUACCCUCCCCCCCGCAUGCCUCCUCCGGGGCGUGGCCGCGGGCGUGGUGGGCGGGGCGGAUACGCCUACCCGCCCGAUUACUACGGUUACGAGGAGUACUACGAUGAUUACUAUGGUUACGAUUACCAUGACUACCGAGGCGGCUACGAUGACCCAUACUACGCUUACGACAGGGGCCGUGGCGGGGGAAGGGGCGGGCCCUUCCAGGCCCCCCGGGGCCGCGGCAUCAGAGGCGCGCGAGGAAACCGCGGCGGAAACGUGGGCGGGAAGAGGAAGGCAGACGUGUUUAACCAGCCGGACUCCAAACGCCGUCAGACCAACCAGCAAAACUGGGGCUCGCAGCCCAUCGCCCAGCAGCCCCUGGGCUCCGACUACGCCGCCGGCUACGGCUACAGCAACGACUCGCUCGAGUUCUCCCAGGACUCCUACGGCCAGCAGUGGAAGUAGACGCGCAGCCCGCCCUCGUCCUGAGAAACUAGACCGUGAUUGGCCAGCUGUGUUUGUUUGACUUUUCUAUCCUCCAGUAGCCCUGUAGAUUCUGUCCGUGGCCCCGGCGGGACGCUUGUCUUAAACGGACACAACACUUUUAUUCCCACAUCCUCCUUGUUUUAAACUCCACCAUGAGCGUUUUAAAGAAGACACUGAUACUUCCGAGCAAGCGUGCGCGUGAAAGGACGUUCAAAUCAUGAAAUGGCCUUCCAGAAAGAUGUCGUCCUUCCCGCAGUCCUCCGUUCUCAUCGUCUCUCUCUCUCAGUGCUAGUGGCAUAGGGACUCGCGUGUAAAUAAUAGCUGUCGACUAGAGCUUCGUUUCAGCUUUUUGUUUUACUUUUGUCUGGUUUUUUUGCAGAAGUGGAGAAAAUAAUCCACGAGAAGGAAAAAAAAAAAAAAGUUUUGUAGCAGGAGUGCUGUUUAGGUGUCUGUUUAGCAUUUCUAGAAGUAGUUGAAUUGUGUUUUUUAAAAACUGGUAUACUGAUAUUAUAACUUCAGAUGUUUUUUUCCAUUUGGGAUUUGCUGGUGAGGGUUUGGUCUGGCUUACCUUAAGAGCUAUGGCCGGCUGGUCAGAUGUUUGUAUUUAUAACUUUUAUUUUUUGUUUGUUCAGUUUCAAUAAAACUCAAUCGAGCAAAU